GCACUGCGAACUCCCCCUGAUCCUGCAGCUCAUUUACUUCCUUCUUGAGUGCAAUCCAAGCAUUAGUGAUUUCGGUAUGGUUAGCACUCUCAAGCGUCUUCAGGCAAUGCCAAAGAUUACUGUUUAAGGCUCACUCCUGGGUGGAUAAGCCCAAGAUGGUAUUUCCAACUAUUACCAAGCCCGUUUCGAUUGGCUGUUUCGUCUGGUCGCCAAACGGGCAAUUUAAACCGAAUUCUCAAAAAGUGCCCUGUCUAGUGGUACCGCCAACCAUCAAAUUUCCCAUUUCUCUACGGUACGAAGAUUCAACGCCGAAGCUGGAAAAGAAGCCCAAAAUUUUUCUGGACAAUAUGCUCCAGUUUAUAGAAUCUUCGUCGCACAUGUACGUUAUGGCAGGAAACAACCGGCAGGCACGGCUAAAUGCCAAUAUAGUGUGCACCAGCGAAGUUCUGGAGCUGAUGAUGUGUGCUCCCUACGAAAAGAAGACUGGAUGGUCUCUGGGUGUUACCCGGUAUCGCAACACAAUGUACAUCUGCCGCAUUGAUGUCGAACGACCCGACCCCUUUACUGAAGACAAUCUGAAGAGGGUCAUGCACGAAUUAUGGCUUAGGAAGCUUCGAACCCAUUGUGUAUUUGAGAACGGCAUUGAGAUGCACCAUCAAUCUUCUGAAGAACAUUUACGCUUUCAUGGUGUCUUUUCCUUUAAUUUGAAUGGUGUCCGAGUGAUAUUUGAUUCGCCAGUACUAGCCGAGAAUCCAAGCACAACAUUGAAUGGGUCUGCUCCAAGCUGGGUGGACCUGCAGAUACGCCCUAUGUGCAUGAGUCGACUGGAUUGGUCAGUGCACAAUCGCACAGAGGCCCUUAAGUGGUGGGUCAAGUGUUUUCUGCUGGGAAUCGACAGCCUCUAUAUAGCCCACCGCGAUGAAAACGCCCAUGUGCACAACAUCGAAAAGACUUUGGUGGGGGAUUUAUGGAAGUCUUGCGAAAAAGAUUGGUCGACCACAGUGUGCGCCAACUUCAUGGUUCACCUACUCACUUGUAUUUCCCAAGUUAUGGCGCCGAUCGACUGUCCCAGCACCGUAUACCUAUUUCAGUUCGACGCGCGCCAAGGAACAGUAUCAUACGAGAGCUUACGCGGGCGCAGUCAGUACACGUUCGUUUCGGACUGGUUCCGGAUGAUGCUGGACGAUCAUACGACCGAUAUGUGGAUGACACCGAAUUUGGAAACCAUGUCUUCCACAGUUUACCAAAAACAAUGAGCAAUUACAAAGAUAUGUGAAUACCUUAAUAACAGAACGACAAAAGUGGUUAACUAAUUAAAUGAAGAUUUAAGUUUAUUGCGACAUAAUCAUCAAAUUGUGUUCGUACGCGUUUCAUCACUAUCAAAUAAUUUAAUACAUUUUUUCGCUCAAGUAUUGUGGAGAAUGCAUUCGAUUUU